CUGGGGAAGGUGUCCUUGGAUGUUCGGUGUGUGUUGGCCGACGGAGGGUCUCAUGUUCUUGAAAGAUGCUUCCGUAGCCAUUUUGGCUCAAGCGGCUUGGCUUGAAACUUUGCCGAAGGCUUUCCAGAAGCCCUCCAAUUUACGAGUACUGAAUAUCUAUGAUUUUUCCCAUGGCUUUCACGAAGGCGUCCUUCGGCGUCUUCGUGGGCCCCCUCGUCGUGAUCCUUGGCGUGCCGCACGCAGCCGCUCUUGUGCUAUCCACGGCCCCUUCCGAGCCGUGGUGGAAGUCGGAGCUGAAUGACUUGCUGCGGGCCGCGUGGGGCGUGGGGUCUGGUGACCGGAUUGCGCACGGCGCCCAGGCCUGGAACCCCGAGCCCGUCCCAGGCAACGGGGUGCAGCUCGCCACCGUCGACGACGCCACGGAUCCGUGGGCCGUCUCCGCGGGCCGCGACGAGUGCUCCGGCUGCGACUUCACGGUGAACCUGCGGUGCGAGGGCCUCCGGCUGGGUCGCCACGCGGCGUGCCACCGCAUCACACAUUGCCUGCUGACCAUGUACGGUAUGAUCCAGCUUGCCCACAUGGCCGCGAGCAGUCGGCCCGACGCCCAGAUCUGCGCGCUCACGUGGACGGAGCCGGACGGCAUGGACCUGCGCAGUUUCUUGGGGGACGUGGUCGGCAUCAAGUGGCACUCCCUCGUCGACGAGAAGGACAGCUGUGCGAGCGGGCUGCGGUACCACGCAGGCUACCGGACUUGGCUCAUGGGCGCGCAGCAGUCCUAUUUGGAUCAGUUCGGACUGGACCAGCACAUGGUCCGCUCCUAUUCCAUCAACUUCGACAAUAACUUGAACUGGAUGCAGCGCGAUUUCUCCGCAUUCGUUGGAAAGGACGGUGAUUUUUCGCCGCAGUUCGUCAUAAUCCACCGCAUGCAAGUUCCCGGAGGUCCACCGAACACGCGUAUGUUUCACGACGCCGAUUUGGCGAAGUUGAAGGACUCGAUGAGUGGUACGAAGUUGGGCAAGGUAGAUCUGCCGCUGACAGUGUACUACGGAAACGAAAGCGUCGCAGAUACCGUGAGAAUGUUCACCCGGGCCGCGGAGAUCAUCGGCUACCACGGCGCAGCGAUGGCCAACACUUUGUUUUCGGCCCGAAGGCAUUGCGUGCACCACAUCUCGACAUUCAAAGAUUUGCAAAGUCAGGUGCACUGGCGCAUCAACGAUGACGUGGCCAGGAUGAACAAGUUGGGCAGUUUCAACGUGUACGACAUCCCAUUGAUCGAUCUCUUCAACGAUAACAGCGUGAACGUUGAGGAUUACGAGAAAGCAGAAGAUAAGGAUCAUUUCAUCAAGGAUUUACCUUGGGCACCACUCUCAGAUUACCACAUUGCACAGUUACAUGUUGCUGUGGGUCAGUGUCUGAAGAACUGGGUGGAGGGCCACUGGUAGACUGCCAACCCGCAUGGUUGUCUCACGCGCGAAGACUCUUCACCCUUGCCUUCCGCAUGGUUUCUCGGAAAUACAAUUGUAGAUGAAUUCGCAGCCUUGACCGCGGCACAAGCGAGAGUGCCCGAGGUCGAGCGGCAUCGACUGGUGUUGCACGAGCGUCGCGCACGAUUGGUGCGGAUGAAGCUCCUCAGGGAAUCGUUGGAUUGCUUGGCCUAGGGAAAAACAUGUUCUUGGACGCACGCUUCAGCAACUCGCCUGGUCGAACUUGCCGCCUGGGCCCGCGCGAUCUCAGCUGGCUCAUCUGGCCAUGCCAUGUGUUGUGUCAUGUGCUGUUGCGUAUCCUUUAUUUGGUAUCAGUUGCGCUUCGCUGUUUGAGCUGCAGAUAACGUAUAUGCUGCAGCAGAUCGUAGGCGCUGUGCACGAAAGUGAACAUCCUUGCUUGUGCCACUCGUUGCCGCUGCAAGUAUAGCAAGGUAGAGGGUCACAUGGAAGUACCGCGUCGUCAGGCCUUGAACAUGUGGCAAUCAAAAAACACUAGUUUGAGUAUUCUCUUGCGUCCCUCACUGUGCACCAUGCCGCCGGCACUCCAUCGCCACAGCCGCCCGUCAUCG